AUGUCACUCGACUUCGACCCUGUGGAAACAAUUUUCCAGUCAUCCAAAAAGCCCGAGUCAGCUGGAACUGGAUACAGUGGUCUUGAUACAUCUCGUGUGUUCCUAUCGGAAGGUCACUGCCGAACUCCAGAAUGCAGACCACUUCCAGUUCCUCUGAUCUGGGACCGUGACGUUCCACUUCGUAUGCGCGAUGGUGUUUAUAUUAGAGUGGAUAUAUUUCGCCCUCAAGACUCUACGGCCAAGUUACCAGCUCUCAUGGCGUGGAGUCCUUAUGGUAAAACCGGGGCUGGAGUCAUAAGCUUGGAUAUGAUUCCCCAUCGAGCAGGUGUUGCAAAAUCCACGUUAUCUGGUUACGAGAAAUGGGAGGCUCCCGAUCCGGUCGAGUGGUGUGCUCGGGGUUACGCAGUGGUGAACGCUGAUGCCCGUGGGGUUUUCGAUUCCGAAGGGCAUAUUCGAUGGCUAGGGAUCGGAGAAGGCCAGGAUGGCUAUGAUGCAAUUGAAGAGAUUGCCAAGUUACCUUGGUCUAACGGACGGGUUGCACUUGCUGGUAAUUCGUGGCUCGCAAUGGCUCAAUGGUUCAUUGCAGCUGAAAAUCCACCGCAUCUCACCUGUAUUGCUCCUUUGGAAGGGGCCACAGACUUCUACCGGGAAACGUUGUGUCGGGGAGGUGUACCCUUCAAGCCCUUCUGGGACAUGCUACGCACAUGCUUAGUGGGACGCAAUCUGGUCGAAGAUCCUGUUGCAAUGAUCGAGAAGUACCCUGAGUGGAAUGCUUAUUGGGAAGACAAAAGAGCACGACUAGACAAGAUAUCGAUCCCGGCGUAUAUCUUGGCUAGCUAUUCGACUAUGAUCCAUACCGAAGGAUCCUUUCGGGGAUUCGAGGAAAUUUCAUCCAAAGACAAAUGGCUCACCAUUCAUGCCACCCAAGAGUGGUUUGACCUAUACUCGAAAGAGCGCAUUGAAGAUCUUGCCUGCUUCUUUGACUUUUAUAUGAAGGACUGCAGUAAUGGCUGGAAAAACACACCUCGGGUUCGGGCGUCGAUCCUUCCAUUUAAUAAGGAUGCGAUGACAAAUAUUCCUUUCUCUUCUUGGCCGCCUCGUGAAACAGAGUAUCGGAAGCUGUAUUUGCAGGCUUCUAACACUUUAUCCGAGGAGUCGACAAGCUCUUUUUCGAAUAAAGUCUCCUACCCAGCUGACCUGCUAGGUACCCAAGGAGGAAAUGAAUCUGGUGAACUGUCUUUUUCAUACACAUUCAAGACAUCUAAAAGACUUCUUGGGUAUUCGAAAGCUGUUCUCUUUCUAUCGGCCGAUCAAGCCGAUGACAUGGAUGUGUUCGUGCAGCUUCGCAAGGCUGAUAUUCAUGGCAAUCUCCUUGAGCAUCUGAACAUUCCCCUGAAAGAUCUCAAACUUUCAAAUAUCAAUGAAGUGGAACAGAUCAAUCCCUUGAAAUAUCUUGGCCCUCCUGGUAUUUUGAGAGCUAGCCAUGCGCAGCUUGAUUCUACUCUUUCAACCGAGUUCCACCCUGUUUAUACCCACAGAGAUCCCCAGAAAAUUACUCCGGGUCAGAUUGUCAAGCUUGAAAUUUCUAUUUGGCCAACUGGAAUCUCAUUUGAAGCUGGUGAGAGCUUGGUUUUGAGGAUUGGUGGUCAUGCUCAGGUAUUGGCAGAAUUCUCCGCUCUGAGAGGCAAGUGGCUGUCUGAAAACAAAGGCACCAAUUUUGUUCACUUUGGUGGAGAGCAUCUUAGUUAUAUCUGUAUUCCGUUUGUAUAA